AGGCAGGGUCCUCAUUUAGUGAUUGCCAUCGAACGGUGAGCUUGUCAUCACAAGUUAAGUUUUGACGAACACGAACUGAACUAGCACUUAUCGAGAGCUUGUCUCUUUACGGAGUCAAAAUCUAGAGUUGAAGGCAGCGGGAGACCAUGAACGUGGCCCGGGUGUUACUGUGCCUUUUCUCGGUGCUGGUGUCUGAGAAGUUCCUGGUGGCCGCGUUCUCCCAGAGCCUGGUCAGCGACUUCACAUUCACACUCCCCGCAGGACGGAAGGAGUGCUUCUUCCAGACCAUGAAGAAUGACGCGUCGCUGGAGAUAGAAUAUCAGGUGUUGGACGGAGCAGGUCUGGAUGUUGACUUCUCCCUGUCGUCUCCUACUGGACACAUUCUGUACAGCGACCACCGCAAAUCAGACGGAGUAUACACUGUAGAGACGGAGGAUGGAGACUACAUGUUUUGUUUUGACAACUCGUUUUCUGCUGUGUCGGAAAAGAUCAUCUUCUUCGAGCUUCUCAUGGACAACAUGGAACAGGAAGGGGAGGAGCCAGAGGACUGGAAGGAGUACGUCUAUGGGACCGACAUGUUGGACAUGAAGCUGGAGGACAUCAUGGACACCAUUAACAGUGUUAAAGCCCGGCUGGGGAAGAGCCUUCAGAUACAGACAGUGCUCAAAGCGUUCGAGGCUCGUGAUCGUAACCUCCAGGAGUCCAACUACGACCGGGUCAACAUGUGGUCCAUGACCAACAUGCUGGUGAUGAUGCUGGUGACGGGAGUGCAGGUCUACCUCAUCCGUGCGCUGUUUGAGGACAAGAGACACGCGCGCACAUAACACCCCCCCACUGGGAAGGGCCAGGGAGAGACGGAUAGCUCUGUCUACACCUGCCAGCCAAUAGCGAGCAAGACUAGUGGUGAAGAUAAGAUUGUAACUCAUCAGAUUUUUAUGUACAACACUCACACACUCAUACGUUACAUCACACAUCCUUACAGACACAAAUGCCAUACCCGUCCAGUCUCUUCCUCUGCUCUCCUCUGUCUAGCUGCUGUUCGUCAGAGGGUCUGUGUUGGUAUCUGCUCUAUCUAUCUAAUAAUCAGUGGCGGGUGAGACACCAGCCAGACCUUCAGUUAUUGGUGUUUAAAAGCAAGCGUAAAUGAACAAGUAUUUCUAAUUUAAUAUGGUAAUGUGACACUGAGGUGUGUGACUGUCCUGUCUCUGUGUCACGUCUUUCGAGGUCUUCCAGUAUGUGACCUGUGAGUCAUGUUGUGAAACACUUUAUUGUAGAGUAGGUUAUUGAUACGCCUUAGAGAUUCUGAUUUAGCUGUCUGUGCCAAACUGCCAGAACUGUGGCCUUCCAAACACUGGCUGGAGUGGACAGCAACACCGGGGCAGAACACACACGACCUUUCACCCUCUCACUCUCUUUCAAAAACACACUCAUUCUCACGCACACACACAAUCUCUUACUCACACACACUCAAACCCACACACUUCUUCAUUGAAACCGCUGCUGUCUGCCAGUCCCCCUGCUGUCUGCCAGUUCCAGCGAAUGGAGAAGUGGAGUAGGGGAAAGGGAAUGGUUCCAUAUGUAACUCUCUAAAUCACUGCUGUUCUCUUCUACUCCCUCCUUUUCGUCCUCCUAUAACUCUGUCCUGAUGGUCUGUCAGACUUAGUGCCGACAGGAGAGUCGGGUUUCAGUCAUACAGGCAGAAGCGAAAUGGAACCUGCCCCUUUCGCUCUCUUUUUCUUUUGUGACAGAAAUAGAAUGCUAUCUAACACACAGCUGUGUCAUCACAGCAAUCACACCCUGCACCUGGGGGGUAAAAGAGGCAGGGAAGGUUGUGGGAAAAGGGUUGCGGGUGACUGAAGGAGGUGGUAGUGGUUGGGAAAUCAUCUAAUUGACUGUUAUUUAGCUUUAUUUUGUUUUGUAGCUCUGUCAUAUACACACUUGGACAAACAUACAGAUGUGGUUGAUGCACUGAGAUAUGUGCCAACAUUUUGGAGCUGCUGACAAAUUUCAUCUGAUUUCUCUCUAACUGCUAUCUAUGUUACAAAAUAGUUUUUCUAUAAAUACGCAAUGCGCUGCUGUGUUGAUGAGUAACACCACACUGCCAUCUUGUGGCUGGACACCAAACUGCUCGCGCAAAACAAAACAUGACUUGUUCACCUCUCGGACUGAAGGGUAGACUACAAAGCAUGCUCAAUGAAAUAGCCAGGUAACUUUGAUAAAUAACCAGAUAGCUAUUGAUUUUCUGGUUCAUUUAAGAAUGCUAAACUUUUAUAUGCUUGAAAUGGGCAUAUCUAAAUGUCAGCUGGAUAAUUAAUUGAACCCUUAGGUUGAAAGCCAAUCCCUGCUUUGAGAUAUUUAAAUAAGCAAUAAUACAGUGCGGCAGUAUCCACUCUUUCUCCACUUUUACAAUGGGAGAGUAACUUACUAUACGAUAACAGGGUGAUGUUCAAGGGGUCUUGCAUUGUGCCAUUAUGAGCCCCCUCCGUCUCAGUUACAGCUACUCUAAGCCAAUUACAAUGGGUUGUAUUGCCACGGUCUGUCUCUGCCCACCAUUUUGUGCCAAAGUAUUGUAGCUGAUGCUCAGACAAGCAUCACCAUGGGAGAUUAAUCAAUAAAAUGAAGAAUAUUUGUAAUUUAUAGAAUGUCAUUGAUGCUCUUCUCCAACCUUUUUUGUUCCUUUCUGCACAAGACAAUGAUGGCCUCUUACGAACAAAAAACUCGAUGUUUUGAACCUAUGUAACAGUGUAGGUUCCGUCCCUCUCUUCGCCUCAACCCGGGCUCGAACCUGGGACCCUUGCACACAUCAACAACUGACACCCCACGAAGCAUCGUUACCCAUCGCGCCACAAAAGCCACGGCCCUUGCAACGCAAGGGGAAACCCUAUUUCAAGUCUCAGAGCGAGUGACGUCACCGAUUGAAACGCUAUUAGCGCGCACCACCGCUAACUAACUAGCCAUUUCACAUCGGUUACACUCACCCCCCCUUUGACCUCCUCCUUUUCCGCAGCAACCAAUGAUCCGGGUCACGGCACCAAUGUAACAGUGUAGGUUCCGUCCCUCUCUUCGCCUCAACCCGGGCUCGAACCAGGGACCCUUGCACACAUCAACAACUGACACCCCACGAAGCAUCGUUACCCAUCGCGCCACAAAAGCCACGGCCCUUGCAACGCAAGCAGACAAAUUGUUUAGGAGAAGGUGUCUAUUUUAUUAACCUGAUGAUGCAACGAGGAGAGUAUAUUUAAGCAAUAAGGCCUGAGGGGUUGUGGUAUAUGGCCAUUAUCCCAUGGCUAAGGGAUCUUCUUAAGCACGACGCAACACGGAGUGCCUGGAUACAGCCUUUAGCCAUGGUAUAUUGGCCAUAUACCACAAAUCCCCGAGGUGCCUUAUUAUAAACUGGUUACCAACGUAUUAAUUAGACCAGUAAAAAUAAAGGUUUUGUCAUACCUGUGGUAUAUGGUCUGAUGUACCAUGGCUGUCAGCCAAUAAGUAUUCAGGGCUUGGACCACACAGUUUAUAAUCUGUGAUAUACAGACUAAUGUUCUGUAUAUGUAAAUGUAUCAAAUUAAAAAUUAUACUUUUCUGAA